AUGCCCCACGAGCCAUUGCAUGGAUCAUGCUCCUGCGGUCGCAUCCAUUAUCAGAUCCAGAUCCCUGAUAAUGUGACUGAUCAUGCUUCGGUAUACUUUGACAGCAGUAGAGACAGCCGUAUAGAUACUGACCCCAAUCCACUAGCUUCCUCGUACUCUGUACUAAUAGUGAUAAUCCCAGGUCGAUUCCAAGGCACUCCAUUGACAGCAUGGCUACGAGUACCACUUGAUUGGUAUCAUUCUUAUACGACUUCUUUCUUCCCCGAUGAAACACACACCUCCAUUCGACGCACCUUCACGCCACAUGACGCGCCCCAAACCCAGCGUAUAUUCUGUGGCUUCUGCGGAACACCACUAAGCUUUUGGACUGAGGAACCUGAAGAGGAAGCGGAUUACCUGGCCAUUUCUAUUGGAAGUCUUCUAGGCGCGGACCAACACGCUCUGGAAGAUCUUCAUCUACUACCCGAGGACUCCGACGAAGAUGUUCCAUAUACCGGCAUUUCCAGCUCAUCCCUUGCACCCACACAGGAAGCUACUUCCACGUCCUCAAUUACUGUACCAUCAUUUCCAGAUUCACCAGAUCUCUCGCGGAGUGUUCGAAGUGGUAUAAUCCAUGGCAUACCAUGGUUCGAGGAGAUGGUGGAGGGCAGCCGUCUUGGUCGUUUGAUGCGGUCAAAGCGUGGAAAAGGCGUGAGUGAAGAUAAAUCUACAUCUUUUGAGUGGGAGAUUAGUGAAUGGUAUGAUGAUGGUUCUCGCGGUAUCAUCCAAGAGGAUUCGGAUUCUAAUGACCGUCCUACUGGAAAGAGAAAACGGGGCCACCAUGUGGAUGCCGGGUCUCACCAAAAACGAGCAUAG